AUGGAUGCUUUAGCAGCUUCCAACGUUUAUGAAUUAAUUAUUAAUUUAUUACAAAAUGCCACAAUGUCCACAGCUUCUGCCAGAUACACAACAGAUACAGCAAUAAAUUUAAUUGACCCUAAGGAAGAUAAUUCUCUAUUCUUAUUAUCGAAUAUAUCAGCAACUAAAUCGUUGGAAUUAAAUAAUAAAGUAGAUCUGAUUUUACAAGAUUUGGGUGUUAAAGAACAAAGUAAUAGACUUUGGAAUAAUUUGGAUAAUUUGGGAAGUGUUGUUUUGGCUGCACAGAAAAAUAUUAGUUUAAUGAGGGAUGUUCAGCAAUUAUUGGAAGACCACCAUGAGUGAGUUUUUGUUAGUUAAAUAUUUAAAGGGGUUACCGUAAAAACUGUAUUAAUUACACUGGGCAAUUAUUGUUUCGAUCUUAUUGUUUCGAUCUCUCGCUUGAUGGGGUUGUAAACCAGAUAUACGGUAGGUGGGUUGAAUAGGAAGCAGUCUUAGAGUAAUCUUAUUUGUUAAAGCA